UUUGCUUUUACAUUUUUUAUAUGAGAAUCCCGUAUGUUUGAAACUCAUCCACCGUAUGUUUCGAUGUAAUAACAUAAGCAUUCUCUGAAUUGGCAUUGCGAAUCAAUUACUCACCUUCGAGUUAAGAAUGUUUGUGGCAUAACUGAUUUUCUUCGUUUAUUUGGUGGUUAGGGAAUGUGAUAUUGGAUGAGAAUUACAUUAUUUUUUUAUUUUUUUUUAUAAGUUUUCGGUUAUGCGGUACUUUCUAAUUUAUCUCCAUGUAAUAAUGAGGUCAUAAUCUAAAUUAUUGCAUUGCCUUUUAGGAGAAGUCGAAACAGCAAUGGUGAGCAUUCGAAAACGCAGGCUCUUAGCAAUGUGCUCAGGUCAAAACUCUGCCACGGCUCCACUUCCACGGGGCGAUUUUGAGCAAGGAAACGCACCCGCACCCGAUAACUGUGCCGAGAAUAAGAGACCAGUCACUAUUCAUCCCCUGCCUUUAAAUAACGAUAUUUACAGUCCGAAAGAAGAAACCAUGAUGGAAGCUGGAUCUGGUUCAUCGAACGUUUCUGCUUCGAGUCCGUCAAAAGAGUAUCAAAUUCAACAUUUCCCUGAGGUUAAACGAAGAAAGAGGCAUAGGAGGAAGCACGUGGAAAAUCAAGAACCGUGUAUAAUGAGAGGCGUCUAUUUCAAGAAUCUGAAAUGGCAAGCUGCUAUUAAAGUCGAGAAGAAACAGAUCCAUUUGGGAACUGUCGGCUCUCAAGAAGAAGCCGCUCGUUUGUAUGACAGGGCUGCAUUCAUGUGUGGAAGAGAGCCAAACUUUGAACUAUCCGAGGAAGAAAAAAAUGAACUGAGGAAAUUCAAAUGGGAGGAGUUCUUAGCUAUUACUCGUUCCGCCAUCACUAACAAGAAAAGCCAGAGAAGAAGUGGGACCGGUGCACGAAGAAAAGUCGAAGACGACGAUGAUUGGGAGAGUGAUGAGAUAUUGGCCCCUUGACCCCCUCAGCCCCCACUUCUGCCUCACACUACCACUUGUUCUUUUUUAGCUACAAAGCUGGAAAAAAAGAAAAGAAAUUCAUUUGAGUUGCUAUAUUUGUUUAGUUUGGCAGCCAUUAUUAUUAUUAUUAUUAUUAUUAUUAUUAUUAUUAUUAUUAUUAUUAUUAUUAUUAUUAUUAUUAUUAUUAUUAUUAAUAUUGAUGUUAUUAUUUUUGUUGGUAUAUAAGUGCCCCUAUUUAGGGCAACAAGAUCCAUCACAUGGAAUUCUUUGUGCAAGAAAAAUUAGAUUACUAUGUUUUGGUUCUUGUAAGAGAUGAUUUUAGAGUCACACCAUUGGAUUAUAUAUUUAUUAUCACUUUAUAUUUGUCUUU